GUUUUAUUCCCUCAGUCUUGUCUGCAGAGUUUUUCCUGGGUGUUGCCUGUUUGGAUUCCGGGAUAACAACUUUGGAGUUUCGCCGUCUGCUACCGACAAGAAAAGACAAACCGGAGGAUUGUUUGAACGACCACAUCCAUCACCUUUUUGUUCGAGACUCUCACACUUUUUUCCCGGUGUAACGUUACUUUGGUCCGGUUUAAUUUUAGCCGCCGUUAGCUGCCGUUAGCUGUAAGCUAACAGAGGGUCGAUGCAGGCCAUAAAGUGUGUGGUGGUCGGGGAUGGGGCUGUGGGUAAAACAUGUCUUCUCAUCAGCUACACCACCAAUGCCUUCCCUGGAGAGUACAUCCCCACUGUCUUUGACAACUACUCGGCCAAUGUGAUGGUUGAUGGGAAACCAGUGAACCUGGGCCUGUGGGACACAGCAGGACAGGAAGACUACGACCGUCUACGGCCUCUGUCCUACCCACAGACUGAUGUUUUCCUCAUCUGUUUUUCACUUGUCAGUCCUGCCUCCUUUGAAAACGUCCGUGCCAAGUGGUACCCUGAAGUGAGACACCACUGUCCCAACACGCCCAUCAUCCUGGUGGGCACCAAGCUGGACCUGAGAGACGACAAGGACACCAUCGAGAAACUGAAGGAGAAGAAACUGUCCCCCAUCAUCUACCCUCAGGGCCUGGCCAUGGCUAAAGAAAUCAGUGCAGUGAAGUAUCUGGAGUGCUCGGCUCUGACGCAGCGUGGCCUGAAGACGGUGUUUGAUGAAGCCAUCAGGGCAGUGCUGUGCCCCCCGCCCAUCAAGAAGAGGAAGAGGAAGUGCAGGAUAUUGUAAUGGAGAACCACAGGGAGUAGAUUAGGAGGAAGAUGAUGAUCUGUAUUCACCCCCUGUGUCCUUGCUUCAGUAGGAGCUGAGGUUGAUCAGAGCUCCGUCUGAAAAUACUCCACAGACUGAAGCUGAAGGUUUUCUGUUUGCUUCCGUCUGUUGAGUCUUUUCAGAUCCAAAGGAAGGAAGUGACCUCCGUAAGGCCUUGGGAGGGAGGGGGGUGGUGGUGAUAAAGGGGUGAUUAAGAAGACACAACCAUUCAUUUCAUAUUUCGCAGACAUUGUGAAGAAGAAACACUACUUGAAUGUGAUUUGAUCAUGAACUGACCAUAGAUGUAACUCUGCACUCUUUCCCCGAAACAUGAAGAGAUUCCUGCUGCCUUGAUGAAAUUUUACUUUAAUGAGGAAACAAAUGUUUUUAGAAGCUCUAAUUUGUCCUGUUGUCGUCAGCUGUGGUCGACAAAGCGUUUUGUUUACAUGUGUCAUCUGACCCGACUGAGCUGUCGCCAAAACUCAGUCAGCCGUCUUCACUCUGUAGUCUGAACACUAACACGUCUCUUUCUUUAAUUUAGUUUUAGCAAUAUGUAGUCAAACAGUUUAACCCUUAAAUGACUUCUAACAGGUGUUAUAAUGACUCAUUUCAGACACGGUCUGAGCUAAAAGUUUAGUUCCUAAAAGCUUCUUAAAUGAAUUCAUUGCUCUCUUCUGGCUCUGUGUCAAACACAGUAUUUGAUGACUGACUGAUGACGUGAAGGUGCGGAGCAGCCGCUGUUGAUGUUCUGUAACGAUUUUCAUCAUUUCUCAUUUUGUUUUUAUGAAGUCUGUGAGCCAGUGUAUCAGCAUUCAGAGGUUGCAGCUGAUUUUAAUGUUUUUGUUGUGAAAUAUGAGAAGGAACUAUUCAGCGGCACAUUUUAUUUUGAAAUGAGAAGGAAUCACUCAGCAGCACAUUUUAUUUUGAAAGGAGCAAAGAUCAAAGUGCAUGGCUGUAAAUCUGAGCUCAUGUUAUCAGUGUUUCAGUGGUGCAGUGAAGCUGCACACUGGGAUUGACUUCUAUUUUCACAAAUUCAUGUCCUGAUUUUUUUUAAAAAGCAAAAUAAAUUCAUUGAAAAUG